AUGUCUACAAUGGAAAGAUAUACUGACGAAAAGGCUGCCGGCGUCGAGGUCGAGGUACUUCCAGUACCAGUGACCUAUGUCGUCGAGCCAAAGCGACCAAGUUACCUCCGCCGCUUCCUUCGAGUCGUCCUUGCCUUCCUCGGCACUCUGCUCGUCCUCAACGCAGCCAACCAUGCCAUCAACUAUGCUCUCUCAUCUGGCUGCCCCGGCAUGAUGAAAGGUGGUGGCCAUCAUCAGCACCCGAUUCCUCCUAUCGACAACUGGAAGCCAUAUGAAGGUACUACCCACUUCGAAUUCGAGCCAGAGCACGCAUCCGGUCUUUCCAUAAGAGGCACUGAGGUCUUUGGCAAGGUUGUCUUCGAGACUUCUAAGCUCUCCGACAAGGUGGUAAUCGACCUGGACCUCAAGACCAACCACCACGACAAGAACGGCGAGGUCAGCAUUGAAGAGAAGGAUGGCUACCUUACUGUCACUACUCCAAGCACUGGCAAGCUCGAGACAUAUGCCUCAGCCAAGAUUCAGAUUCCAUCCAACCUCCUCGGUACCUUCGGUCUUCCAACCUUUGACCUCAACCUGCCAAAGCAUAUGGUUGACUACUCAUCACUACCCAAGUCACUCGAGAUUGGUGUAUUUGCCAUCAAGCUAGGAAAGGGCUUCGUCAAGCCAGGCCCAGUUCACUCCAACAACACCCAGAUCACUAUUGCAAAGGGUGCUAUUCACGGUUCCCUUACACAAGCCCGUUACGAGACCUCCCUGGAUAUUGCCCAGGGUAAUGUCACCCUCGACAUCUCUUCCAUCUCCGGUGGCAACGAGGGUGUCUCCAACAUCAAGCUUGGUGAUGGUCACCUCAAGGGUUCUUUCCCUGUCUACAACUCUACCACACUUGACGUUGCUAAGGGUUCUCUCUAUGUCAACGUUGACUUCGAGUCAGCUGCUGAAGGCAACCGUGCCGAGCUUUCCACCAAGGUUGGCUCUGGCCCAGCACGCGUCUAUGUUGACAGCAUCGCUGCAGAGCGUCUAUUCAAAUCAUACCAUACCACUGUUUCUGGCGAUCAGUUGAUCACUUAUCCUGAGAACUUCCAGGGCACCAUUGAUGCUCGUGGCAUUGCAGGAACUGUUCAGCUCGAGGGCAAGGAUCUAGCUGUUGAGAAGGUAUUGGGCGGUCUUCAAGGCACCAAGGGUGAUAGCGAGCGAAACUAUGUCAGCGUAAAGGCUGCCAAGGGUGCUUUGGAUAUUAUGGUUGGUGAUGAAUAG